UUUAAACCAUUUAACAGUCACAUCAAUGUCACAGCAAGGGGACAUCAGAUUUUGUGUUUCUGGGGUCAUCGAGUAUUUUGGCCACAACCGGUCACAGUUCAGAGUCCCGCAACGUCGUUUUAUGGGACACCCUAAUGCCCCAACGCAAAGCAAUUAUUCACUCAUUUGUAUGUCACGAAAACGGAGGCACCAGUUUGCUCUAUGCGUCUCAGCAUCAGCUCCUGAUAUCGGCUGGCCGCAAAGGAAUCGUCUGCUUAUGGGAUUUGAGACAACGAACACUUCGUCACAAGUUCACUGCGCAUGAUUCUUCUGUUGCGAUCAAAUGCAUGGCGUUAGAUCCCAAUGAAGAAUUCUUUGCCACUGGAUCUGCUGACGGUGAUAUCAAGGUCUGGAGCCUUGCUACACAACAUUUACUUUACGCGUUUCCUGCUGAACAUUCACGAUCAUCCUUUUUCCGUUCCAUGGGGCAAGGAAAUGGCGUAAAUCAAAUUCAUCUGGACACGUCAGGACGACUCUUUUCUUGUGGCUCUGAUGGUUCAAUGAAGCUUCGUCAAUUACCCUAUGUGGGGAGUAGAGAAACCGCUGUCUCAACUCUUUACUAGAAAAACAAAUGUUUAAUGGGGGCAGUUGCGGGUAAUGGCUAAACGUUUAGUUAAAUUUUUUUAAUAUUUCGAUUUACUCGAAUCCCUUGAAUAUUUUAAGGAUGUCGUUGAUACAUGUCAUUUAUCUGGCUGUUCAGAUUACUUAUAGAAUUGGAUUGCGUUGUGCUAGUCACGUUUAGUAUGCUAUUACCUGUCAACCAUUCCACUCUUCAGCGUCGUCGCUCGAUGUUUCCAAACCUUUACCUUCCUUAAAACCAUCACCACACCACCACACACUUUACUAACAACAUUCUGAACGGCUGGUAAUAUGUCAUUCCUCCUAUUUUGUAUGUCGCUAGCACGUUUGGUCGAGCAAGUGGAAUACAAAUGCGUUACGUGUGUGCUGAUGUA